UGCACUUAUUCUUUUCACUUUCACUUUUCAAAUAAAAAAGCAAUUCUAAUUAGUGUUAGAACAAAAAUUCAUAAUUUAUAAAAUACAUUGAGUGUAGUGUGCAUAAAAAGUUUAAAAUAGACAAUUUGACGAGCAAUGUUUUCUACAAACUUGUUAUGUUUGCUGUACCUGCUACUGGCUCUUAUUAUGGAAUUCAUGCUGUGUGUUCGAUCCACUCCCAUACGAAGCUUUGAACACAUUGGCAACAGUAUUGAAGAACAACCAGAAGACGUUUUAAUUGAUUUGAUCACAAGAUAUGGACAAACAAUAAUGCGUGCCAGAGAUGACUUAGAGAACUCAAAACGGACAGUUGACUUUGGCUUGUCACGAGGUUAUUCAGGCGCUCAAGAAGCAAAGCAUAGAAUGGCGAUGGCAGUGGCAAAUUUCGCUGGCGGACCGGGAAGAAAACGUAAAGUUGAUAUCAGAAACAUAAAAGACUAAGAUUCAUUGGAGUGGAAGCCUAUGGAGGAGGGCGAAAAAGUGCAAAUAUAAAUCUUAACUAUGCAAUAAACAUGUUCCGAAUAGCCGUAAUUUUCAGCAUUUUGCAUUGUACAGGUUAAAAUAGAGCAAUAUGAAUUGUAACUAGCAAUCGCAGCCAUACUUGGAAACAUUUUCCAUUUUUUAAAUAAGAAUUCGAUUAUAAUGAGAUUACAAUAAAAUGUCUGAUAUUGAU